AUGUAUGCCAAAGUUCAGAUGGCUGAUGAAACAAUUAAUUCAGCAAUAAAAUUAAAAUCACUUGAAGCUUUACAUUUUAUAGAAGCAAAAUGUCAAUUAAAUGAAACAAAUUUAACAAAAAUCCGUCAAGCAAAAGAAAAAAUACAAGAUUAUGAUUAUAAUCCAUUAAAAAAUGUAUUUAAAAUAUUUAAUCGUGAAAAUCGAGCUGAUGAAUAA